AUGACGGACAUCCAUCAGUUGCUUGCGUCCUUGGAUGCGUCUGAUCUCACUUUCUCCGACCUCACGGCCUUCGUUCGGCUUGCAUGCAUGGCGAAACCAUUCAUUCACCAGUGCAUGACCGACAUCUGCCAUCCACCCACCCACCCUCCAGAAGUCGUUAUACUCCUUCUUGCUGGCGCACUUGGCCAAGACCGACCCACUAUCCUUGCAUGCUGGGUAGCAUUGCGUCAGGUUAUUUGGACUCAUGGUACAGUACUCCCAACUGACAAGGAGAUUGAGGCUUUUAACCGUCAUGGAUUUAUGCGUGGUAUUGUAGCCACUCUCACGGAUGUCAAUAAAUUUCGGGCUAGCCUCUUUACGCUACGAGAUGGCUCCCUCCCGGUCCAUUCGGUAUCAACAUAUUGUCGUCAAUGCCACACCAGAUACUACCCCAACUAUCGGAUUCACAAUGCCGACUCGACACGCAUGUACUAUGCUGGUGUUCCCGGCGUCAUUCAAGCCACAAGGCAUUUCUAUAUUGAAGCUGCGCUGUUGGAAUUAUUUGCAGCAACAAAAGUCUUCGGAUGGAUGUCUAGUAUGAACUGCGCUCGCGUGUACAACUACGCACUUGCUCAACGGCACGCCUACAUGUCGAACAAUAGGCGUGCUUUUGACACUACACUUUCGCAAGCUUUCGACGAGGAAUUUUCAUGGCAGUAUACCCUUCGAAUGCGCGACACUGACAAGGCAGAGCAUAACAGUUGCCUCGUUCUUCCCCACGAUGAGCAACAACGGACCCGAAUUGACGUUGCGCUGAGUGAGCGCAACAAGGAAAUGGAAGGUAUUGGGCAGGAAGCAUACCCGCAUGCCUGUGACUUAUGCUUCAUCGUCAUCGGUGACGACCCAAAAACGAAGAUCCAAGCAGCUGUUUGUGAUGGUAAUACUAUCGGGCACCCUUGUUGCGCAGUGCACGACUGCAAAGUCCCGCUUAUGACCAACCGUCAUCAUUUCUGUCCAGACCAUCAAGACUUGAACCAGCGGUGCGUGGUCGAUGGCUGUGAUGAGCUCCAUACCACUGGAUCUCGAACAUGCGGCAAUGUGGACCACCAGGCUCUUGAAGACGCCUACUUCAAGCCUGCAAAAGCUCUCUUCCAGCUGCGAGCGCAGCUCAAGAGGGCUGGCAUUACAUUGCCCUUGGACUCUGUUCCUUCAGCCUCUGAUAGUGGCGGUAGUAACUCUAACAGCGCAGACGAAGAUCUCGAGGUGAUCCUUGACUCUGAGUGUGACGGUAAGCUGGAGAACGGCAACAGACACCUCAGAGCAAGGUUUGGUCGACGCCGAACCCAUAAUGAGCAGCUUAUCAUGCGGCCUUGUGGGGUGAUAUUAGCGCGGGCUACAUUUUUUGGGUCCAAGGCUGUCUCCGCUGUUAAUGAAUUUGCAAAGACGGUAUUUCCUACUGCCACAUCAACACCUGAAUUUUUCGUCUUCGACAACAACUGCAAGCUCCGUGCUCACCAAGAUGCUAUUGGUGAUGACCACUUCGCCGCAACAGGGAUGCCUGUGGACGUGUUUCACUUCAACUCGAAACACAAGGAAACUGACACCUACUGUCAGCAGCACUGCAACCCUGCUGCUUUCCCAGAGCUCAUUUCUGGUGGCAAGUGGCAAUUCAAUACCUCGAUUUGCGAACAGACAAAUGUAUGGCUAGGUGGGUAUCAGGCAAUCCUGCGGGACAUGUCUGUAUACCGGUAUAACUUUUACCUUGAUGAAAUGAUCAAACGCCGGAACCACUAUGUUAUCUCAGAGUCAGAGAGACGAGGACAUUCUCCUUGGACGAUUUCUAUGGAUGCUCUGUUUGGCAGUGACUAG